AUGCUUGGAAGAGUUUCUCCGCUGGCUGCACCCUUGGUUUUCGCAGGAUGGGCGAAGAGCGCGAGCAGACGGCGAACGCUAGGGCGGCUUUCCUUCGCCUUCGGCAAGCCACGUGAACGAAGGUCCUUUGGUGUAUUUCGUUCCCGCGUGAAGGAUGAUCAGGAUGAUGGGUUGCAGGAUGGCCGAGUUGGCCUUCACUUCUUCUCGGAUGCCAACUUCACCCCCCUGCGUGAUCACUUCGUAGGAUCGGUGGCGGACGACCGGAUAGAACUACGGGAGACCUUCGUCGAGGAUUUGGGCGUUAUCAAGCAGCGAACGGCAGGUGGAGUCCCAGUAUACAAGUUCAAGACGAAGCUGCUGCUGGAAGCUCUGGAAGAGGCGGCCCCGCAGGAAGUCUUUCUCAUCUCAGAUGUGGACAUCCAAUUCUUCGGGGAGAUCAUCCCGCUCGUGAAGGAGGGCAUUGCCGGGCGGGAUCUGUGCCUUCAGCGGGAGUUCACCAACUUGGGUGUGAACAUCGGCUUCAUGGCAAUCAGACGGACAGCUGCCAGCCUGAGGUUCUGGCAGUCUGUGUGGGACGAGCUUCCAACUGGCCGCUGGAUCCCCGGAGAAGUCAACAACUUGUUGUAUGCUGCGCAAGUGCCCGACAUGAGAUGGGGAUGCUUUCCUCCCGCCGUGUGGGCUUCGUCUCAGGCCUUUGAUGGCAGCUGUGUGCCGGAGCAAAUCAUCCUCCAUCAUGCGAACUGGGUGGUUCGCAACUACCAGGCCGGCCCUGAAGGAGGUGCUGAUGCCUCCAAUCCGCUGGCAAAGCUUCAACAGCUCCGGCAACUUCGCGAGGCGGUGCAGGGCGAGGAUGAUGGCGGCAAGCUUGAUUUCUUCCGUGGCAUCUCGCUGGAUCCAGACCUCGCAGACUACCAUCAGAGGACCUUUGGCGACCUCAGAUAUGGUCCAGAGUGGACGGCCCGCCUUGCCGAUGGGACACCCAGCCCGGCCCGGCGGUACACGCCGCCAAGUCCGCUCAGCAAAGGACCAGUCCAUGUGGCGGCCGUUCUGCCAAGCAGCGUCCUGGCAUCCAGGAUUGGUGUCGGUGACGAGCUUGUGAAGGUCAACGAUGCCAGCGUGUGCGACUUGGAUCGGUCUACACUUGCGCGUGAGCUCAGCAGGAGGCCGCUGAGCUUAGAAAUCAAGCGAUUCGCAUCGUUACCUCGGGAGUGCUUUUCCGAGACCAUCGAUGUUCAAGUGGCGGUCUCCGAUGGUGCCGUCGGCUUCUGCCCUCGAGAUUGGCACAGUAAGCCGAUUGUGGUUGGAGCUGUCCUCCCCAACCAAGCCGCAGCUGCGAAAGGUGUCAGAGAGGGCGAUGUUCUAGUGCUGGUUGAUGGGCAGCAGGCAAACUCCAUGACGGCUGCUGAGCUCGCUACAGCUUUGUCGCGAAGGCCAAUCUCCAUUCGCUUCCAGCGCCUCGACGGGAAUGAGACUGCUCGUGGUGAUCAGUUCCUUGCCUCUCUCGACGACGCUCCGCCUCCGAGAAUGGGCGCAAGCGCUGCGGCCGCGGAUGCAGAUGCACGAGGUGGACGGGAUGGGCGCGAGCUGCUCCCAUCCCAAAUCGCCACAGCGACGGCAAAGGAAGGCAUCGAGGUCACCUCGGCGGCCUCGGCAGAGGCCGGCUCGCUGUCGGCGGCGGUGCCUCGGAGGCCCCCGAAGCCCAGGCGCCCCGUGAAAGUUCGCUCCAACCAAGAGCCGCAGCAAGCCGAGCAAAGAGAGCUCACGGAAUCAACUCGGCGCCCUCCCCAGCCAGCGAAGCCAGCAACAAAACCAGCAAAGCCGGAGGCACCGCGAGAGGCUCGAGAGGGCGGAACGCAGACAGAAGUCACGAUGACGGCAGAUAAGGGAGUACAGCCGGAUAUUGAACCUCAAGAUCUUGAAGAGCCGCCGCAGCCGCUGUCUGCAGAGAGUGCUCAUGUGGUGUCGUUUGAGGAGGAGGAGGAGGAGGCUCGCUCGGAGGCUCAAGCCUGUGAUCAAGAUGUCGACGAAGUUGCGGCGGCUGCUUCUGCGGACUUGCCAGCCUUGCUUCGGCCGCCAAGCAUCCCCGAGCCACAGCCGGACAUGCCACCGCUGCGGCCCAGGGAUUUCAACCGGACCCCAUCGCCAGAGCCUUUCAAGUUCCGGGAGUUGCCACCUCCCAGAGCCCCACCGGCCCUCUGGGAUGAGCCCUCCGGAGAUCUCGAAAACAUCGCCGUCGCCAAGCCGCGGUCUCUGAGGCCUUCGAUGCUCAAAGAGCUGCCGCCUCCGGACCGCCCGCCGCUUCCCGUCGAGACAGAAGCGGAGCUGCAGCUUUGGCGCCACGUGCCGGAAGAUCUGAAGCCGAAUUCCCCGGAGACCGCAGAGGAUCUGGAAGAGUGGCUCAGGUGGCCAUGGAAUGCUGCAGACGAUGCACAAUCGAACUCGAUGUGCGUUCUGCUACGACCGAUGGACCGACCAGACAUCGCAGCUACAGACCGGAACGUGCAAACGCAAGUUGUGGGCGUGCGUCGUGGGGAGUGCGAGGGUGUGUUUCGUGGGGAGAGUGUCGCGGAGAGUCGACGUGAGUGUCGCGAAGUGACGGGCGAGUGCGGGAGAGGGUCUGGAGUCGUGGGCGAGGGCAGGGCGGCUCGAGGGGAGUAUCGCGGUAUGGUAAGUUCGGGCCGGGGCGUGAGUAUCGUGAGUGUGGAG